CAAGUCACAGCUGGGGUAGUCUGUAGUAUUCCAAAAGAAUACUGCACAGCCAACUAAAUUUAUUUUCGUAUGAAUUUAAGUUUUUAUUGAGGAAGAAAGAGCAAUUGGAUUUGGGAGAAGACCUUGGUAUUACACCUGUGUUGAUGGGAAGCUGUAGAUCGAGAUUUCUGUUACAAAGUCUUUGUGCUUAGGUCAGGAGUAGGUGGCCUUCAACAAGGAACAGAGCUGAGAGCUUGUAAUCAUAAUGUGCUGUUUUUCAACCCUAAUUUUUGACCGAGAAUGAGACGAUUCAAAAAUUAAGAUGCCAACAGAUCACGAAGAGCCCUGUGGUCCUGGUCACAGGUCAUUUUGCCUGAAUGGGGGGAUUUGUUAUGUGAUACCUACUAUUUCCAGCCCCUUUUGUAGGUGCAUUGAAAAUUAUACAGGAGCCCGCUGUGAAGAAGUUUUUCUCCCGAGCUCCAGCAUCCAAACUAAAAGCAACCCGUUUGCAGCUUUUGUGGUACUGAUUGUCCUUCUGGUAACACUCAUUGUUGCAGCCCUCUACUUGCUCUGCAGGAAGGGCCACCUUCAGAGGACCAGUUCAGUCCAGUAUGGUAUCAACCUGGUAGAGACGAGUGAUACCAGUGCCUACCACAGUCAUGGAGAACACUGAAGAAACGUCAAAGUGAGUCGAAUCGCUGCUUUUAUUUUACAAAGGCAGAAAAUGAAACACCAUAAGGACUUUCAUUAAGCCAAGUCAUACCCAGUUUCCGAAAAGGCAAUCAUCUAAUAUCAUGAUUUCUCAUCCAGAGUAUCUGGAGACUUCUGUUCCUGUUAAAACUGAAUUCAUAGCAGUACAACCUUGGGACAUACUAUGUGGGUAUAAAAUAACAAAAGCUCAUUUAUUUUUUUUCUUAAAAAUUUCUGUAGAUUACAUAGAAAGUUCUCAGACUUGUGAGAGUUAGUUCUAUUGUAAUUCUAUGCAUGUUCAU